AUGCCUAAAGGCCUCCCGCCAGACGUGGCCAACAUCUCCACAGUAAUGGAAUUCUUCCUGCUGGGGUUCUUGAUGGUCCGGGAGCUUCAGCUGGUCCACUCCACGCUGUUCCUCCUGGUUUACCUGGUGGCCCUGACGGGGAAAUCUUCUCAUCGUCUCCAUCACAGCCCCGACUGGUACCUCCACACCCCCAUGUACUUCUUCCUCAAGCACCAUCCAUUCUCGACCUCUUCCUCAUUCCCGAUCACCCUGCUCACGGUGAUGUCCUAUGACUGCUACAUGGCCAUCUACCACCCGCUGUGUUACCAGGUCAUCAUGGACCAACUGGCCCGUGGGAAGAUGGCUGCUGACCUCUGGCUUUGGAGUGGUUUCUUGGGUCUCAUGCACACUGCCAGUGCAUUUUUCUCAUCUUUUGGUGACUCGAAUGUGAUCUGUCACAUUUUCUGUGACAUCACCCAGUUACUGGGCCUCACCCGCUCUGAUGAUGUCCUCAGGGAGGUGUUCCUGAUCACUGCCAGUGCAACUUUAAACUUCUUCUGCUUCCUCUUUAUAGUUAUUUCUUAUGCCCACAUCUUCUCCACGGUGAGGACCACCUCUUCCGAAGAUGGCCGGACUAAAGCCUUCUCCACCUACCUGCCGCACCUCCUCGUCGUCAAUCUGUUUUUCUCCACUGGGAAGUUUGACGCCUCAGGGGAGGAUCUUUAG